UCAAAAUAAAUCGCGAAGUUUUUCCCCAAGUGUGUUCAAUUCGGUACGGCAUGCCUGGAUUUAUUAAAAAUAAGGGUCCGAUUAUGCUGUGGUUAGUGUUGAGCAGUGUUUACAUCGGCGGGACUUGGAGUUCGAACGAAGCCAGGCUGAGGCACAGGCACGGGAAAAGGCACGGAAAGCCGCUUUCCCUGGUGGAAGAAGGCCUUCAGAAGCCUUCGUGGCCGGUGAAACGCGAGGCUGUGGUCGAGGGGGACUUAGUUUUAGGUGGUCUAAUGAUGGUCCACGAAAGGGAGGAGACUUUCAUCUGUGGGCCGGUCAUGCCUCAGGGCGGGAUCCAAGCCGUCGAAACGAUGCUGUACACACUCGACGUCAUCAACAAGGAGCUGAAACAUUUCAAAAUCGGCGCGCACAUCCUCGACGACUGCGAUCGCGACACGUACGGCCUCGAAAUGGCGGUCGACUUCAUCAAAGGUUCUAUAAGCAACAUUGACGACGGGGAAUACAGUUGCAAUAAGACACAGGUGAAAAAAGUGAUAUCCGGGGUCGUCGGAGCCGCAUCCAGCGUCACAUCCAUUCAAGUUGCAAAUCUCCUCAGACUCUUUAGAAUACCGCAGGUAUGUUUUUCUUAUUUAAAAUUGAUUAAAUGGCCGGUAAUUGGCACUCGGUCAUGUGUGUUUAAGACAACGGUUUGUUAUUUUUUCUACUAACGAUUUUAUGGGUCAACCAAGCAU